AUGAAGCUCCUUUUCCCUGUCUUUGCCAGCCUCAUGCUUCAGUACCAGGUGAACACAGAAUACUUGGGCUUGAGAAGAUGUUUAAUGGGUUUGGGGAGAUGCAAAGACCAUUGUGCCGUGAAUGAAAAAGAGAUACAGAAAUGCAAGAAGAAAAAUUGUUGCAUUGGACCAAAAGUGGUUCAACUGAUAAAAAGCCACAUGAAUGAAAUGUCUCACAUAUUUGAAGAGGAUUCCCAAGAACUGCGAAAAACUACCAAGAAUUCUAAUGCUGUGAUGCAAACGAAGCAUCAUAUUUUAUCUUCUCUCCCCAAAAGCAAAAGUACAGGCCCUUUGGCCAACAUCAACACCAUCAUCGUCCCAAAUGCCAUCCCUGUGAACUCUGCCACCAUCAACCCCAGGAUCUCAGGAAAGAUUAUAUACACUGCUACUUCUCCCAAGAGUGACACCAAAAGAAGCAGAGAUUCAGCUACCAACUCCCCACCACCAGCACCACCACCAUAG